AUGAUACCCUAACUAUCAUCAUUUAAGGCUCCUAAGUAAAGACAAAUAACCACAACACCAAGCAGCAAUACAUAUUUUCUAAAUUCGUAAAGAAAAUUAAAGUAGCCUUCUAAAUAUAUUUUAAGCUUCCUUACAACCAGCAGUCUAUAAUCGAUUUCAUACAUACAUUCAAGUUAGGUACUAAAUUAAACGCCUACCCUCAUUGAUAUCAAAGAAGUUAAAAAGGAACAGAAUCAGAUUUAAGCAAUACCUCCUUCUUUCAUGGAGCUUUAUGAUGAAUUUGAGAAUAAUUACAAAAUUGUUCAGAAGAUUAAAACUGAUCUCAAUAUCUCAUUAGAUAUAAAGUCAGAAGAAAAACCUCAUUAUAGUUAAGUUAUAAGCUAAAACUCAAUAAGGAAUCCUUCUCAAGCAGAAACUCGAAUUGCAAAUUUAUAGUUUUGUGAUAUUGAUUAAGAGUUGAAUUAGAGAUUACAUAUUAAUCGCUUUAAAUUUUAUUAUUUCAGAGCUUCCAUAUCGAAAUAAUAAUCUCCUCUAUUACUCACAAUUCAAUUUGAAAAUCAAAUAAAUUCUGCCUAAUAUAAAUUAUAUCUUUCUACUCAGCAUGAAUUUCCAACGAAAUUUAAUGCAGAACAUAAUCUCACCUCUAAUUUUUGUAAAAUCUAUACAAGCAGUCCGGAAAGCAUAUUUCAAGAAAACUACCUUUACAUAACAUUCUACACAGAAAUUGAUGUAAUUGUAAGAAUUAAAAUAUAAUUUGGUUGGGUCUAAUAGAGUAAAUCACCCAAAAAGUAAAUAAUAAAAAAAGAGUAUCCCAAAUUCCCAGGUUUGAUAUCAAAUACAAAGAUUGAUUUAAUAAAAAGGAAUCUUGAUACAAGUCAAUUUCAAUUGGUAAAAAAAACUGAUCUCUUGGCUGGAUUACUUGUAAAAUCAAUUAAAUAUAAAAUAGAGUGAAAGAGAAUCGAAAAGGAAGUAAGUUCUCUAAAAGAAAUAAGAAAUUGAUAGCGAACAAAAGAUAAAAUUAAAAACAUAAUACAGUGCGUAAAUGCUAAGAAACGAUUACAGAUUAUUUGAGAAGAUUUAUAAAUUGAAGUUGAAUAAAAAAAUAUAAGGAGAAUUGUUUUGGGCCCAACUUGUCAAUUUAAUUAGGUUUAUUGCUCAACUUAAAGCUAAAUUGAUAGUAAUAGAAUUUAUUAAUAUAAUUAGUAAUUUAAAUGCAAGAUGAGCAUUAAGGCCAACGGAAGAAUCAAAGCUUUGAGAUGUGGAUUAAAUCUAUUAAUUAAUAUCAGGAAGUUUGGACCAACACCUGAAAGAAGAUCAUUUUGUAAAAGUUUAUUAGCAAUCCAAAUGUUUACUGCCUAAAUUCAAUGUUUAAGAAAACGGAAAGCCCAAGCCAUUGCCACUUCAUUUAUUAAGGAAUGUAUCUCUAUCAUCCAUUUGGGACAUAGAUUACUCAAGACAAGACAUUAUGGUAAUAAUAACAAAUCUAUGUUUACUUAGUGAUAGUCUUGCAGAACAAGUUCAGAUUCUUUUAGAGAUAGAAGAAAAAGUAUUACGAGGAAUUUUGGCAGUUGGUAAUACGAAACUAUAAGGAAGUUAUACGGGGACUUACUCAGAGUCAAAGUAAUCAAAAAUAGAGGAGUAGAAGUUAAAAAUAAAUUUAUGCUUUUCAAAUAGAUAAUCAAUUGAUGCAAUUCUAGAUAGAUAAUUAUUAUUAUAGGCAAAAGUAGAUGUGGUUGGCAUUUUUACGUCAAAAGAUUCAAGAUAAACAACUGACUCUUUAUUUGAAUGAUAGAAAAAGCGAUGAGAUUAGAAAAGCCUUGAUUAAGUUUCAAGAGCCUAAACUGUUCUAACUUCCGUAAAUUAAUGAAGUGGCUGAAAUAAUUGAGUUGUAUGCAAAACAUAAAAAAAUGAUUUGA